AUGUCAGAUUUAUGCCUUAUUUCCACUCGAUUAAAUUACAAGCACCUUUACUGGACUAUCUUCACAUGUUUUGGUGCUUCAUAUGGUACUGCUAAAUCAGGUGUAGGUAUUUGUGCCACUUGUGUAACAAGACCAGAUUUGUUAGUUAAAAAUGUUGUUCCUGUUGUUAUGGCAGGUAUUAUUGCAAUUUAUGGAUUAGUUGUUUCAGUUUUAGUAAGUGAUUCAUUGGCUCAAAAACAAGCUUUAUAUACUGGUUUCAUUCAAUUAGGUGCAGGGUUAUCUGUUGGAUUAUCAGGUUUAGCUGCUGGUUUUGCCAUUGGUAUUGUUGGUGAUGCUGGUGUUAGAGGUACUGCUCAACAACCAAGAUUAUUCGUUGGUAUGAUUUUAAUUUUGAUUUUCGCUGAAGUUUUAGGUUUAUAUGGUUUAAUUGUUGCUUUAUUAUUAAAUUCAAGAGCUUCUCAAGAUGUUACUUGUUAG